GGGCACCGGCGGGUCCUAUUACCAAUUAUAGAGAGGGGAUAAACCUCAGGGAUUAUUCCUGCUCUUUAUAAAAGCGCAUUAUCCCCAACCAACGGGUAUUUGCACUCGGUGAUAGGACUCUGAGCUGAGACACCUCUGAUUCCUAUUGGCUGGAUUAGAGCAGAGCCAUGAGCGACCAUGAGAUGUCGGUUUUUGGGGUGGCGGCCCCGUUCCUUCGAAAGCCGGAGAAAGAGAGAAUCGAGGCCCAAAACCAGCCGUUUGAUGCCAAGACCUAUUGCUAUGUUACUGAUCCGGUCUUGGACUAUGUAAAGGGCAAAAUAAAGAGCGCAGAAGGGGGGAAGACCACAGUUGAGACUGAGGAUAACAAGACAGUAACUGUCAAGCCUGAGAAUGUCUACCCCAUGAACCCCCCAAAGUUUGAUAAAAUCGAGGACAUGGCGAUGCUGACCCACCUGCAUGAGCCGGCUGUUCUGUACAAUCUAAAGGAGCGAUAUAAAGCCUGGAUGAUCUAUACCUACUCAGGCCUGUUCUGCGUCACUGUCAACCCCUACAAGUGGCUUCCCGUGUACAACCCAGAGGUGGUCAAUGCCUACCGUGGGAAGAAGCGCUCGGAGGCUCCGCCCCACAUCUUCUCCAUCUCGGACAACGCCUAUCAGUUCAUGUUGACCGACCGGGAGAACCAGUCCAUCCUGAUCACCGGAGAAUCCGGUGCCGGGAAGACGGUGAACACCAAACGCGUCAUCCAGUAUUUUGCAACAAUUGCAGCUGUGGUUGACCCCAAGAAAAAGGAAAAGGAGUCCACCGCUAGCAUGAAGGGAACCCUUGAGGAUCAAAUCAUUCAGGCCAACCCGCUGCUGGAAGCCUUCGGCAAUGCCAAGACCGUCAGGAACGACAACUCGUCUCGUUUCGGUAAAUUUAUCCGAAUUCAUUUUGGCACGACUGGGAAGUUAGCCUCAGCGGAUAUUGAAACUUAUCUGCUGGAGAAAUCCAGAGUGACGUUCCAGCUCCUGGCAGAGAGAAGCUACCAUAUCUUUUACCAGAUCCUGUCCAACAAAAAACCAGAGCUGAUUGAUAUGCUCCUUAUCACCACAAACCCAUAUGAUUUUCCCUACAUCAGCCAGGGGGAGAUCUCCGUAGCCAGCAUUGAUGAUACAGAAGAAUUGCUUGCCACUGAUAGCGCUAUUGACAUUCUGGGCUUCACGCCUGAAGAAAAAAACGGGAUUUAUAAACUAACGGGGGCAGUCAUGCAUUAUGGGACAAUGAAGUUCAAGCAGAGACCACGUGAAGAGCAGGCCGAGCCUGAUGGGACAGAGGUGGCCGAUAAAACCGCCUACCUGACUGGGCUGAACUCAGCGGAUCUGCUUAAGGCUCUGUGCUAUCCCAGGGUUAAGGUUGGGAAUGAAUAUGUAACCAAGGGUCAAACAGUGGAGCAGGUGCACUAUAAUGUCAAUGCGCUCAGCAAGUCGGUGUAUGAGAAACUAUUCCUGUGGAUGGUGACGCGCAUUAACCAACAGCUGGACACUAAGCUGCCCCGGCAGCACUUCAUUGGUGUAUUGGACAUCGCCGGCUUUGAGAUCUUUGAGUUCAACAGCUUGGAGCAGCUCUGCAUCAACUUCACCAACGAGAAACUGCAACAGUUUUUCAACCACCACAUGUUUGUCCUGGAGCAAGAGGAGUACAAGAAGGAGGGGAUCGAGUGGACCUUCAUUGACUUCGGCAUGGACUUGGCCGCCUGCAUUGAGCUUAUUGAGAAGCCAAUGGGCAUUUUCUCCAUCCUUGAAGAGGAGUGCAUGUUCCCCAAGGCAACUGAUACUUCCUUCAAGAACAAGUUGUACGACCAACAUCUGGGCAAGUCCAACAACUUCCAGAAGCCCAAACCGGCCAAAGGCAAAGCCGAGGCUCACUUCUCUCUUAUCCACUAUGCCGGGACGGUAGAUUAUAACAUCAAAGGUUGGCUGGAGAAGAAUAAGGACCCACUGAAUGAAACUGUGGUGGGACUCUACCAGAAAUCCUCCAUGAAGCUCUUGGCCAAUCUCUAUGCCACCUAUGAGUCUACAAAUGCAGAAGCUACAACCAAAAAGGCUACAAAGAAAAAAGGCUCCUCCUUCCAAACGGUGUCGGCACUUUUUAGGGAAAACUUAAACAAACUGAUGUCCAAUCUGCGGACCACCCACCCCCAUUUUGUCAGAUGUAUCAUCCCCAAUGAGACCAAAACACCAGGUGACAUGGACCACCAUCUUGUUCUUCACCAGUUAAGGUGCAAUGGUGUCCUGGAAGGCAUCAGAAUUUGCCGCAAGGGAUUCCCCAACCGAAUCUUGUAUGGAGAUUUUAAACAAAGAUACCGAAUACUUAACGCCAGUGCAAUCCCGGAGGGACAGUUUAUAGACAGCAAGAAGGCCUGUGAGAAGCUCUUGGGGUCUAUCGAUAUCGAUCAUACCCAGUAUAAAUUUGGCCACACAAAGGUAUUCUUCAAGGCUGGUUUGCUGGGAACCCUGGAGGAGAUGCGGGAUGACCGCUUGGUCCUUGUGAUAACACGUACCCAGGCUCGGUGCAGGGGGUUCCUCAUGAGGCUUGAGUUCAUGAAAAUGAUGGAAAGGAGGGAUGCAAUCUUCUCCAUUCAGUACAACAUUCGUGCCUUCAUGAAUGUCAAACACUGGCCCUGGAUGAAACUCUACUUCAAAAUAAAGCCCUUGCUGAGGAGCGCAGAGACCGAGAAGGAGAUGGCCGCCAUGAAAGAGGAGUUCGAGAGGACCAAGGAGAAUCUGGCCAAGUCAGAGGCAAAAAGGAAAGAAAUGGAAGAGAAAAUGGUGAAGCUUCUCCAAGAGAAGAAUGACCUCCAGCUGCAAGUCCAGUCUGAAUCAGAGAACUUGUCAGACGCAGAGGAACGUUGCGAUCAGUUAAUUAAAAGUAAAAUCCAAUUGGAAGCGAAAAUUAAGGAGCUCAAUGAGAGGCUGGAGGAUGAGGAAGAGUCCAAUGCCGAACUGACGGCCAAGAAGAGGAAGCUGGAGGACGAGUGUUCGGAGCUCAAGAAGGACAUUGAUGACCUUGAGCUGACUUUGGCCAAGGUGGAGAAGGAGAGACAUGCAACUGAAAAUAAGGUUAAAAACCUAACAGAAGAAAUGGCUGUUCUGGAUGAAACCAUAGUCAAGCUGACGAAAGAGAAGAAAGCUCUGCAGGAAGCCCACCAACAAACCCUGGAUGACCUGCAGGCCGAAGAAGACAAAGUCAACUCUCUGACCAAGCUUAAAGCCAAACUGGAGCAGCAGAUCGAUGAUCUUCAAGGCUCUUUGGAGCAAGAGAAGAAGCUUCGGAUGGACAAUGAGAGAGCCAAGAGAAAGCUGGAGGGAGACUUGAAACUGGCGCAGGAUUCCAUCAUGGAUUUGGAGAACGACAGGCAGCAGCUGGACGAAAAGCUGAAAAAGAAGGAUUUUGAGAUAAGCCAGCUGCUCAGCAAGAUUGAAGACGAGCAGGUUCUGGGGAAUCAAUACCAGAAGAAGAUUAAAGAGCUGCAGGCCCGUAUAGAGGAGCUGGAAGAGGAGAUCGAUUCAGAGAGGGCGACCCGAGCCAAGGCAGAGAAGCAGAGGGCGGACUUGACGCGGGAGUUGGAGGAGAUCAGCGAGAGGCUGGAGGAAGCAGGGGGCGCCACAGCCAGUCAGUUAGAGCUAAAUAAAAAGAGAGAAGUUGAGUUCCAGAAGGUGCGGAGGGACCUGGAAGAGAUGUCCCUACAGCACGAAGCCACCGUGGCCUCUCUGCGCAAGAAGCACGCAGACAGCGCCGCCGAGUACGGUGAGCAGAUAGACAAUCUCCAGCGGGUCAAACAGAAACUGGAGAAGGAGAAGAGCGAGAUGCGCAUGGAAAUUGACGACCUCAGCAGCAACUUGGAGUCUGUCACUAAAUCCAAGGCCAAUCUAGAGAAGCUCUGCCGGACCCUGGAAGAUCAGCUGAGUGAAUUCAAGGCCAAAUCAGAAGAGACCCACAGGUUGGUGGCUGAUCUGACAAUGCACAAGUCUCGUCUGCAGACGGAAACAGGGGAACUUGCUCGUCAGCUAGAAGAGAGAGAUUCUCUUGUAUCCCAGUUGUCAAGAUCCAAACAAGCCUUCACUCAGCAAAUUGAGGAACUCAAACGUCUGAUGGAGGAAGAAGUUAAAGCCAAAAAUGCCCUUGCCCAUUCACUGCAAUCUUCCCGUCAUGACUGUGACCUGCUCAGGGAGCAAUAUGAAGAGGAACAAGAAGCCAAGUCUGAGCUGCAACGUAGUCUGUCCAAGGCCAAUGGAGAGGUGGCUCAGUGGAGAACCAAAUACGAGACUGAUGCAAUCCAGCGCACUGAGGAACUGGAGGAAGCCAAGAAGAAGUUAGCCCAACGCCUUCAAGAGGCAGAGGAACAGAUCGAGGCUGUGAAUUCCAAAUGCUCCUCUCUGGAGAAGACCAAACAGAGGUUGCAAGGGGAAGUGGAAGACCUCAUGAUUGAUGUAGAGAGAGCAAAUUCGGCUGCUGCAGCUCUUGAUAAAAAACAGAAGAAUUUUGAUAAGAUUUUAGCCGAGUGGAAGCAGAAAUAUGAAGAAUCUCAGUCUGAACUUGAAUCAGCUAUGAAGGAGUCGAGGUCCCUGAGCACUGAGCUUUUCAAAAUGAAGAAUGCUUAUGAGGAAUCUCUGGACCAACUGGAGACAAUUAAACGAGAAAAUAAGAACUUACAACAUGAGAUAGGGGACUUGACCGAGCAGAUAUCUUCCAGUGGUAAAAUCAUUCAUGAACUGGAGAAAGCCAAAAAGCAAGUUGAGCUGGAGAAGAGUGAGAUGCAGUCAUCUCUUGAAGAAGCAGAGGCAGCACUUGAGCACGAAGAGGCCAAGAUCCUGAGAAUUCAGCUGGAACUGACCCAGGUGAAAGCCGACAUAGAGCGAAAGGUGGCAGAAAAGGAUGAGGAAAUUGAUCAGCUGAAGAGGAACCACCAGAGGAUCAUGGAGUCAAUGCAGACAGCUCUAGAUUCCGAGAUUAGGAGUAGGAAUGAAGCUGUGCGAAUAAAGAAGAAGAUGGAAGGGGACCUGAAUGAAAUGGAAAUCCAGCUUAGCCAUGCAAACCGUAUAGCCACAGAGACUCAGAAAUACCUGAGGAAUGUCCAGGGUCAGCUUAAGGAUACCCAAAUCCAUCUGGACGAUGCCCUCCGAGGACAGGAGGAUCUGAAAGAGCAGUUGGCCAUAGUUGAGCGCAGAAAUAACCUGAUGUUGACCGAGAUUGAAGAGCUAAGAGCUGCUCUAGAACAGACCGAAAGAUCUAGAAAAGUUGCAGAACAGGAGCUUGUUGAUGCUACUGAGCGCGUCCAGCUUCUGCAUUCACAGAACACAAGUCUUAUUACCACCAAGAAGAAGCUGGAAAGUGAUGUAGUCCAGCUACAAGGAGAGAUUGAGGACACCACCAAAGAGGCUAGGAAUGCCGAGGAGAAAGCAAAGAAAGCCAUUACAGAUGCGGCCAUGAUGGCUGAAGAACUGAAGAAGGAACAAGACACCAGUGCUCACCUGGAACGGAUGAAGAAGAAUAUGGAGCAAACAGUAAAGGAUCUUCAAGUCCGCUUGGAAGAAGCUGAGCAAUUGGCCCUCAAAGGGGGAAAGAAGCAGCUUCAGAAGCUGGAAGCCAGAGUUCGUGAACUGGAAAAUGAGUUGGAUCUGGAAAAUAAGAAAAAUGUUGAGGUGGUCAAAGGCAUCAGGAAAUAUGAGAGGCGCGUAAAGGAGCUGACGUUCCAGUCAGAGGAAGACAGAAAGAACUCCUUGAGGCUGCAGGACUUGGUGGAUAAGUUGCAGCUGAAAGUGAAGUCCUACAAGAGGCAGACCGAAGAGGCGGAGGAGUCAUCUAAUGUGCAUUUGUCCAAGUGCCGCAAGGUGCAGCAUGAGUUGGAGGAAGCCGAGGAGAGGGCUGACAUUGCUGAAAGUCAGGUUAACAAGCUGAGAAUAAAGACUCGGGAAACCAUUUCCUCAAAGGUGGUGGUGACGACCCAGGAAUAAACUUGCGGCUCAGCGGAACUCAAGUAAAACGCAGAAUGUGUUUAUUUCUAAGCUCCUCCCCUUAGUUAGAGCUUGCUGGGAGAUUGGGCUCUUAUAAAUGUAUAAUGUCUUAACCUGUGCUACGGGUGGGAAUCCCUGCCCCGCCAAGCUUACAAUCUGGAAAGCAAAACACAAUCAUUUAUACCCUAAAAUGUGACCUCUCGCCUCGGUGAGAGGUCACAUUUUAGGGUAUAAAGGAUCUGUUGGUUUUCCUUCAGAACAUAUAGUUGCCCUUUAAUCUAUAGUUGUCUGUAUCUAGUUGUCUGUAGGGGGCAGUGUAACCCAAGAUGUGCCCUAAUCCCAUGCCGAACAGCCAUAAUAUUUACUGUAUUUAACCCUGAGCUGACCCGCUGAUCCCUUGUGUUUACA